UAGUAUUGUACGGACUGUACGUGACUUUAUUCGUCUGCUCCAGCUGUCUUCUCUAUUGAAAUUGUUACACUCACUGUAAGCGAGAUCUCGCUAAAUUUAUUGUGUCCGCCGCUUAACAGUGAUAAGACAUUUUAGCGGACCAAACGAAUUUGUCCCGUCAGUUCUCAGUGGCACAUGAUCUGUCGCGCUCAGCUGUCGCGUGUCGGUCGCGUUGUGUUCCGUCCGUGGUUCGUGCGACCCCAUGCAAUUGACACCACACCAUGUCGAAAGUCAAGACGAUGCUCAAGAUCGGCGGUGGCGCCGUCCUCGUGGCGGCCAUCAUCGCUGUGUUCGUUGUGGCCACGCAGGGCCGCGACCCAGAAUUAGAGGCCUUAGAACACGAGGGUAGAGAAUACAUAUUGCAACUGGACAAAGCGUCAGGCCUAAGGAAGACCAGGGGCAACCUAGCUGAAUGGAAUUACACGGCUAAUAUCACUAAGGAAAAUGAAGAAAAAUGGAUACAAUUAAGGCUAGAGAUAUCGAAGCAGGAUAAACUGGCGUGGGAGGAGACGAAAAUGUACAAGUGGCAAGGCUUCCAGGACAACUCCCUGAAGAGAAUGUUCAAGAAGUACAGCGAGUUGGGGGUGGCCGCGUUGCCCGAUGACAAGUACAAGCAGCUUAUGAGGUCUGUGUCAGGAAUGGAGGCCAACUACGCCACAUCGAAGAUUUGCUCGUUCAAGGACAAUGCCAAAUGUGACUUGGCUUUGGAGCCUGAUAUCACAGAAAUUUUUGCAAAGAGCGUAGAUCCUGAAGAACUGAAGCACACGUGGGUAGAAUGGCAUAAGGCAGCCGGCGCUAAAGCAAGAAACAACUUCACGCAGUACGUGCAACUCUACAAUGAAGCAGCAAAACUUAACGACUAUAAAGACGUAGCCGAUUGGUGGCAGGCAGAUUAUGAGGUCCCGAAUUUCGAAGAACAGUUGGCCAAACUCUGGGAUAACGUGAAGCCCCUGUACCAACAGCUGCAUGCUUAUGUCAGAAAACGACUGAGGGAUAAGUAUGGUGAUCACGUAGUUUCUGCUAAAGGCCCCAUCCCUGCUCAUCUUUUAGGCAAUAUGUGGGCACAGACGUGGAACAACAUUGAAUCAUUCACCCGACCUUAUCCGGACAAAAAGGAGAUCGACAUUACACAAGCAAUGAAGGACCAGAAGUACACACCACUGAAAAUGUUCCAAAUGUCAGAUGAGUUCUUUAGGUCGUUGAACCUGACGGCGAUGCCGGAGAAGUUUUGGAAUAACUCCAUCAUCGAGAAGCCGACUGAUAGAGAAAUAGUCUGCCAUGCUUCUGCGUGGGACUUUUAUGAUGGAGAAGACUUUAGGAUCAAAAUGUGUACCACGGUGACUGGAGAGCAUUUGAGGACUGUACACCAUGAGAUGGGGCAUGUUCAGUAUUAUUUGCAGUAUAAAGAACAGCCGUUCGCAUUCCGCGAGGGUGCUAACCCAGGGUUUCACGAAGCUGUUGGUGAUACGAUAGCUUUGUCGGUAUCGUCACCCAAGCAUUUACGUAGCAUCGGUCUCGUCAACGGAGAUGCUGAUGACGAGCAGACUGAAAUCAACCAACUUUACAAAAUGGGUAUAGACAAAAUAGUGUUCCUUCCCUUCGCAUAUACGUUGGACUUAUUCCGUUACGGUGUGUUCCGUGGUACGACGCCUCCUGAAGACUAUAAUUGCCACUUCUGGAGAUUAAGAGAAGCUCUGCAAGGAGUCGAGCCACCGGUCAACAGGACUGAGGAAGACUUCGAUGCGGCUGCUAAGUACCAUGUCUCGGCUAACGUUGAAUAUGCAAGGUACUACGUGUCGUUCAUCAUUCAGUUCCAAUUCCACCGAGCGCUGUGCAACAUCGCCGGCGAGUAUGUGCCCGAGGACGUCACCAGGAAGCUGGUCGACUGCGACAUUUAUAGAAGUGUCGCCGCCGGCAACGCGUUAGCGAAUAUGCUGAAGAUGGGCUCGUCGAAGCCAUGGCCGGAUGCGAUGGAGGCGCUCACGGGUCAGCGAGCCAUGCGCGCCGACGGCCUGCUCGAGUACUUCCGCCCGCUGCACGACUGGCUGCUGGCUGAGAACCAGCGCACCGGCGAGCACAUCGGUUGGGAGCCUAGUAAAAUACAAUAUUGCACGAGCGAGCAACUAGCAGCGCUGAGUGCGAAGGAGGCGACCACGCACGCGCCGGCCUCUUGACUGCGCAGUACUUACCACACCUUAGGCUAAUUCUAGAUCAACAGUAUUCCCUAAUUAAAUGUUUCUAGUACAAAAGCAUUUCUGUGUUCUAAAUGGUAUUUCCUUAUACCCAAAUAAUUUUAAAUGAUUCAUCCGUGGUAUAAUGUAAUUGCAGGAGAGUAACUCUGUUUGUAUAACGUCGAUAUUUUCAAGGCAAGAGUGAUUUAGGCAGGGCCGUAGCCACAGUUGUACUUUUUUUAUUUUUUAUAAUAUAAUACAAACCCCGCUCAGUGGCAGGACUUUCUUAUGCUUAUGCUAUAAUACAUUUUCUUUUCGUUAUGUAAUAUUCUUUGCCUUUUAAUUGUAUUUUCAAUUAAUUACUUGUUUCUUGUUUUCUGUUUUUAACUAUGUUCUUUUUGCUCUCUUAUUAGUAAUUAUAAAUAUGCCACAUUUUCUUUUCGUUUCCGUUAUAAUACUUUCCUCUUUUCC